AUGUAAAACAGGCAGAAGAAAAAAAACCUUUGUAAAAUGAAAACAAUGAAAACAAGAUAAGGAAAUUAAAAUGCUGUUCUUUUUCUUAUUUUGACAGAUAAUGAGAUUUACAAAACAGUUUAGAUUAGAUACAUAUAAUUUCAUUUUAUUCGACAGUGCUUCUUUCACAUAAUGUUUGUUAAUCGUUUAAAUAUUUAAAUUUAUUUCAUUCAGUGUCCAUUUGAAAUCUUCUCGGGAAUUUUCAUCAGUUUUCAAUAUUCCUCGUUAAAAAUCGGUCAAAUCAAACAGUAAAUUUUUGAAUCUAUGAAAUGACACCUUGUUUUAUUUUCUUCUUUCGAUGGGAGUUUUUUAUUGGUUGGAAAAAAUAAGAAGGUGGCUUUCAUCAGCUAUUCCGACUGCCGACCACAGAAUUUCCAGUUAGAUGGCUCGAACUCAAAUGUAGAGACCCAACAACAGGAUGUUCUCCAUGUAUCCAGCUUCAAUAUGUCCAUGAGAGAUGAGACUUCCCAAAGGAAAAUAGAGGAGAAUACCAGACAAAUCUUGGAAAAAAUAGAAGAACUGAACCGAAAGCAAGGGCUCGUCAAAAAGAAGAAGCCAACCUAUUUUCACUUCCCCUUCAGUUAUUCUAGAUCGAAGGAGAAUUCAACAUCAAAUCAUCAACCGCAACAAAGGUCGGAACAAGAAUUCAGCUUACCAAAAUCACCUUUCGAAAACCCAAUCACUCAAUAUUUAAUUAAUCAGAAGGAUCUUCCAACUGGACUGAAAACUUCUUCCUCUCCAGACUCAACAGGAGGAAUAACAGUUGUUGAGACGAACCCCAACGCGCAAAUCACUGAGGAAGACGAGAUUCCUGGUCAAUACGUUAAAAGAAAGGUUACUCAUCAGCAGGUUAUGGUAGUUCCAAGCGUUCAAACCUAUAUGAACAAUAGGAAUAAUCCAGCAUUCCAACAAUACCAUCAGCAUAUGUUGAAUCAACAGAAUUUGGCCAUGCAAAAUAUACCAGGGUACGGUUUGCCAAACACAGCCCCUCCUAUGUUCAACCCUUUCUCUAAUAACCCUGAUGCGAACCGUAAGAAUCCCAUAAAACCUAGUGACCAAAUGGAGAAUCUUGAAAGCCAGACUCUCAAUAACAUAAAAAAUAUAAUUUAUAGCUCCCAAACAAACCCGAACUAUGUCAAUCCAUAUUUUUCUAAUCUCCAACCAAGCCCUUUUCCCUAUUAUCCAACAACUUCAUAUAAAGCAGACAAUAAGGCAGAAAAUAGUCAAGCACCUGCAUUAAUUUAUGGUCCAUACGUAGUUCCCAACUUAGAGGCAGCUCAAAUGACGAGACAAAUUCAGAUUCAAUCGCCAUUGUAUGACUAUUUUCCAAUUAUGAUCAAGGAUCCGAUCAUGCACUUCUACACAGCCCUCACAACAAUGGUAGAAUAUGGACCACAAGCUGGCGCUACAAGUGCUACAUGUAAGGGUAAAGAUGAUUCUAAGCAAAAAUCGAACUCUGAUUCUGAACAAAAAUUUAACACUGAUUCUGAGCAAAACACGAAUAAAGCUUCAGAGAACACUACAGAAAACAAUGCUCAGUUACCCUCUGCUAGUAAUUCUUUCACAAGUAAUCAGGGGGACAGUUUUAAAUACGAUCCUGAAAAUGCCGAGAAUCUCAACGUAUUACUCAAAAACCUAACUGACGAUGAACACAUCACUUUGGAGUUUGAAAACCCAAAUUUCCAAAACGAAGAUGAGAAUAGUGGACGAGGAUUCAAUAUCAGAUUCCCUAAAAAUGAUUUAAGAGAUAAGGAAACAAGGGUUGAGAGGUUAUCAUCCUCUGUUCCCAAUUCAAAAUCUCCACAUUACACUAUAAAGGAGAACAAAGUUGAUUUGGGACAGCAAAUGGUCAGAGUUGGCACAAAAACUAACAAAAAAGAAACGUCAACAACCUCAAGGACUGUUUAUAUAGGAAACAAAGCACAUUUGAUAGAUUCACCACCUAAUCGAGAACAAAUCCCAUAUGAAGAUGAAAUUGAGGACGACAAAGGUCUAGGAUUCGGUAGCAGACCAGAAGAUAUUCAAGUUUCCCAUGAUGGCAACAAAAAGUUGUUCAGCAAAGAUAAUACCGGGAGUGGGAUCUUCAUUCAUAAGCUCAAAGUCAGAAAGGGUGGUGUAGCUAUAGCUGGCCCAGGAGGUAUAGCUACUGCAGGUGAUGGAGGGACAGCUAUAGUAGGUCCAAAUGGUUAUGCCUAUACUCAGCCAGAUAGUCUCGCUAUAGCUGGAACUGGAACCAAAGUAAUAGCUGUGGAGCCUACCAUUAACUUAAGCGAUCUUCUGAAAGGUAACAGAUCGAGAUUGGAGGGUCCAAAUAGUCAGAGAAUUGGUAAAUUGGUUGCAGUAGGCCCUGUUAUUUACUACAACAAAGGUUGAAAGAAAAAGCGCAUUCUGUAAUAGUAAAAGUUAUUGGAUAUAACUACGUGCUUGCACAGUUAUAAAACGUUGAGCUUUCAGUUGUCAAUGUGUUGGCGAAGAUGAUUUCUCUGGAUCUUCAGUUCUCUGUGAAAAUGAUGAAAGUGGGUACUGAUAGCUCUCGCAUGAAAUUGAAUUGUUCCUGUAUUUUAGUCCUUUAGUUAAUCCAUGUU